CACAAUGAGAUCACACACUUUGGUAGAGGACGGCCCCCAAAACGCCUCAAUGAGUAGGGGGAGAACUAGAGACUGUUGGCUGGGUGUAAGAAAGAGCUGGAAGGAGGUUUUCUAGUGACUUAGAUGAUAGAAUAGAGGAUUAGCCUGUCUCAAAAAUCAUCAGUUCCUUCUUUUAAAUUCAGUGCCAGAGGAGUUUGUAGAUGUUUUUACUUUUUUAUUCAACUUUAGAUGCUUUUUCUUUUAUCAGAUUUGGUUGAAACAAGAACUCUCCACUAGAGAGAGGUGACUCUUCUCCUCUGUGCUGCUGCUUUUUGAGUAGAUCCUCUUCAUCUGCACAGUUUGUGAGUGUUGUGUUCAGUUUUUCAGCAGGACUCUACCUUUCUGCUGUGCUUGAGGUUUGACUUGCUCUCACUUUUCAUUAUGAGGAUCCUAUGUGUAUCUUUAGUUUUGCUACAGCUCAUUGGGACCUGUUUCUGCCAAUUUCCUCGCGCAUGUGCGACUUCAGAGGGCCUACGGACCAAAGUGUGUUGCCCGGUGUGGGAGGGUGACGGCUCAGCCUGUGGUGCCCUGUCAGGCCGUGGGUUUUGUGCUGAUGUGGUGGUCUCUGAAGAGCCCCAUGGGCCCCAGUACCCGCACAGGGGGGUUGAUGACAGAGAGCGCUGGCCUUUAGCUUUCUUCAACAGGACAUGUCGUUGUGCUGGAAACUAUGGAGGUUAUAAUUGUGGUGAAUGCAGGUUUGGUUACUGGGGUUCAAACUGUGCUGAGUACAGGGUGUCAGUGCGCAGGAACAUCCUGACCAUGUCGACUGCUGAGCAACAGAAGUUUAUUUCUUAUCUGAAUUUGGCCAAGAACACAGUCAGCAGAGAGUUUGUCAUCACCACAGGAACGAGAAAAGAGAUGGGUGAAAAUGGAGAGAACCCCCUGUUCGCCAACAUCAAUACCUAUGACCUGUUUGUCUGGAUGCACUACUAUGUGUCCCGGGAUGCCCUCCUAGGAGGGCCGGGCAACGUUUGGGCAGACAUUGACUUUGCCCACGAAUCUGCAGCAUUUCUACCCUGGCACAGAGUUUUCCUGCUCAUGUGGGAGAGCGAGAUUCGGAAGCUCACAGGAGAUUUUAACUUCACCCUUCCAUACUGGGACUGGAGGGACGCCAAGACCUGUGAGGUAUGCACCGAUUCUCUGAUGGGUGCACGCAGCUCUUUUAAUCCCAACCAGAUCAGCCCUGCUUCAGUCUUCUCCUCAUGGAAGGUGAUUUGCACUCAGCCAGAAGAUUACAACAACCGAGAGGUCCUGUGCAAUGCUUCUGGGGAGGGUCCACUGUUGCGCAACCCUGGUAAUCAUGAUCCUUCCCGUGUAUCCCGUCUCCCGACAUCAGGUGACGUGGACUUCACUGUGGGCCUCCAGCAGUACGAGACGGGACCCAUGGACCGUUUCGCCAAUAUGAGCUUUAGAAAUGCUCUGGAGGGUUUUGCCAGUCCAGAGACCGGUAUGGCAGUGCCGGGUCAGAGCACAAUGCACAACGCCCUGCACCUCUUUAUGAACGGCACCAUGUCCUCAGUUCAGGGGUCAGCCAACGACCCCAUAUUCCUGCUGCAUCACGCUUUUAUUGACAGCAUCUUUGAGCGCUGGCUCAGGACCCACCAGCCUCCCCGCACCAUUUACCCCACUGCCAAUGCCCCUAUUGGCCAUAACGACGGUUACUACAUGGUGCCCUUCCUGCCUCUCUACAGAAACGGAGACUACUUUCUGUCCAACAAGGUUCUAGGAUUUGAGUAUGCCUACCUGUUGGACCCUGGGCAGAGAUUCCUUCAAGAGUUCAUAACACCAUACCUUGAGCAGGCGCAGCGCAUCUGGCAGUGGCUGCUGGGAGCCGGGAUGCUCGGAGCACUGAUUGCAGCAAUCGUUGCUGGAAUUAUUGUUGUCGUAAGAAGGAAAUGGAAACGAAACCAGAGGAGGAAGAGGGUGCCGAGCUUCGGAGAGAGACAGCCGCUCCUGCACAGCAGCUCAGAUGAUGGAUCAACUUCAUAUCAGAAUACUCUGUAAAAAAAACACACAGAUACUGAGCUUACAGCAACUGCUGCAUGAGAAUGCACAAACCAUUAGGGACACUCGCUAUAUACGUGGAGAAUGAAUGAGAUGGAUCCCAGCGAAAGACUUUGUUUCAUAAUGAUUUCACUUAACAAAUACAGUAUUAACUAAUUUAUCCAAAUGUGAAGAUAGAUAGGGAAGUAUAUUUGAUAUAUCUCCCUGAUAAAGUCUCUAAAUUAAAACUAGAUAGUACAUUUAGGAUAUAUAAAAACAUUAGAACCAUUAGGUGUAAUAGGACGUAAAGAUGUAGGAUGUCUAAACAACACAGAACAUUUUCUCAUGUAUACUCAAACUGUGACUUGUGUCAGGUUAAAGCACUUACCUGGAGUACAUCUAUGUGCUCGAUGUUGUUGUCUGGUCAUCAAAUAAUGAAUUCUGAGCUCCUUGGCAACUUUUUUCCUUUCCAGCCUGAAACACAGAUUCAAACUGCAAAACAAAAUUCAUUUUUCUUUCCAUUGAAUGGAGCUCUGUUUAUCUAUGAUUCUAUUUACAAUUCACACACGUGGAUGCUGUAUGUGAGAGAACCAAAUAAAAUUCAUCUGAAAAGUGAGAUGGAGGGAAGUAUGUGACAGAACAGUCUGCUGUACUUUAGAUUUAGUGUCAUCUUAUGGUGUAAAAGUCAGGUUCUUUGCACCUACAGUUACUAAAUCAGUUUUAGAAUAAAAUUGAAGAUAAUUAAUGAUGAUGAUAAAUGCAUUUUGUAAUUUUAAAAGUAGCUAUGAACCAAACUGCAUUGUAGAUAUGUGUCUGUAGAAUGGUCAUGUAAAUCUCCAGUGUAACUUUCUAUAGGUCAGAAAAUUCACAGAUUUUCUUCAAUUUAAAAUUCACGAUUCACUUCAAACCCUGCUCUAUAAAGCUGAAGUGACAUCACUUCAACACUCUUUUGUGAAAUAUCACCGGUGCUAAAGAACAACAGUGUGCGGUACACAGUGUGUAUAAUGUAGGCAGUAUGAUGAAGACAAGGAUGAAUCAUAAGUUGGUCCAUAACACAUUAAAAGAAGAUCAAAACAGA